AAUGCAGGGAAGAAUUAGGCUGACGAAUGUGAACUACCAAUGGUAAAGAUCUAUACAUCGUACUUUAAUGGGUGUUCCAUAAAAGUUUCAAACCGUUAGUGAUGUCAGCCAUCUUCCUGCUUAUUGGUGUAUUGCUUUCUCCUGAAUCUGGAACAAAUAUUGGUAUUACAAUAACCACAGGAUCAGUCACCAAUGAAACAAUGGACCAUCUUCCUAGAGACUGUGACCCUAAUAUUGUUGCUGCCAGGAAUAAUACAGCUAUACGAAUUGGUGUUGAUUCAACUGUGAAUCUAACCAAGGCUGUGCUCAUUUUCAUAGCAGUGGGUGUUUUUGCUUCUAUUAUUGCGUCACUUUUCCAUAUGGUCCGAAAAUACGUUUACCACGACGCUGAUAAUUUGGACACCACUUUCGAUGCUGGAGGAAAGGUAUCAGUUGGUUUGACUGCUACUACAAUUGUGUCUCAAUGGACAUGGAGCGCCACCUUACUGCAGUCUUCGACAGUUGCUAGUAAGUAUGGAAUUAGUGGACCCUACUGGUACGCAGCAGGAGCCACCAUCCAAGUUAUUCUGUUCGCCAUCUUAUCCAUCCAACUAAAGACGAGAGCUCCAGGAGCCAAAACCUUUUUACAGGUUAUCAAGGCUCGCUACGGGAAGAAGACCCACAUUACUUACUGUGUCUUUGCUGGGUUUACCAACAUCGUGGUGACGGCGUCUCUAAUGCUGGCUGGAUGUGCUGUACUACACAGUCUUGUUGAAGGCCUCAGCGUGGAGCUUGCUGUCUUGAUGUUAACUGCAGUCAUAGGAGGCUACACUCUGAUUGGUGGGCUUGGAGCUACGUUUUAUGUUUCCUACUUCAACACCACGAUCAUCUUCAUUAUAUUAAUCAUGCUGGUUGUGGAGAUCUACUACAACCCCCUAGGACAUGAAGAAAACCUGUUUGGAAGUUCUGACAAUAUGUACCAGUAUCUGGUGUGUUCUGUUGGUCCAGAAGGAAACGAAGGCAGAAGUUAUCUAACUUUCCUCUCCAGUGGUGGCUUAUUCUUUGGGAUCAUCAACAUCGUGGGAAACUUUGGUACCGUUUUCUGUGACCAGUCUUAUUGGCAGAGUAGCGUGGCUGCUAAACCUCUCCAGGGCGUAUGGGGAUUUAUCCUCGGAGGACUGACCUGGUUCGCUAUCCCUUUCUCCUUAGCUACGACCCUAGGCCUAGCCUACUUAGCGUUGAGUAGCAGUCAGGGUCAACCUCUGCUGGGGCCUGAAGAUGUAGAUAAAGGUUUAGUGGUACCUGUUGUAGCACAGACUGUUCUAGGUUCAUCUGGAGAAUACGCUAUGAUCUUCCUAAUCCUGAUGGCCGUUAUGUCCACUGGCUCAGCCGAGGUUAUAGCUGUAGCUUCUGUUGUCAUCUAUGAUGUCUAUCAAGUUUAUCUAGAACCGUUCAGAUCAGAUGUGAUGGACGAGCAGUGUAUCAUAUGUGGAAAGGUGUACAUGUCUUCUCAACCGAGUUCUAAGGUAGAAGAAUAUUGUCAGUGCAAAAGCAUGAUGUCCUGCAGUGACUGUCAAAGAGACACUUUUAAUCGUCUCCACUGUAAGUCGCUAGUGAAACCACAUUUUACCUGUCCUGUCCACAACAGAUAUAGAGAAUAUCAGGAAAAACUACUUCGCUACAAGAACUGGUGUAUCGUGUGGACAACCAUUAUGAUUAUCCCACUAUUCUUGCUCUGUUAUGCUGCCAACCUGAACCUAUCUUGGACUUAUCUCUUCAUGGGUAUCCUUAUCAGUUCAACAGUGAUCCCAAUCACUUUAUCUGUCUUGUGGUCCCGGAUGAAUGAUAAGGGAAUGAUGGUGGGGGCUAUAGGAGGAUGUAUAUCUGGUGUGGCUUCUUGGCUUGCCACUGCCUCUACCUAUUCUGGAGGUUUGGGGAAUUUUUUAUCGAAUACGGGUAAGGAUCUUCCAAUGUUGGUGGGGAACUUGAUAUCCAUUGGGAUGGGUGGCAUAUUGAGCAUUGCCGUUUCACUUGCUACAUCGAAACCUCUGUCUGAGGUAGAAGAAAAAAACAUUUGGGAGAAAACUAGGAACAUAGAUAACCCCUUAAAUCCUUGGGCUUUUAUUUACCGUGAAGAUUUAGCAAUAGAGCCUAAAGAUAAAUACCACGACCGUCCCUCUCUAGAAUCCGUAGUGCAAACCUUUAAGACAGCCAGAAGUAUCGCUUAUGUUGUAGGUUUUUUGCUGGUUCUGUUAUUUAUCUUCAUCUGGCCAGGGGCGAUGGCAGCCGUAAAACUUCUGGACUCAUCGGGUUUCCUCAUCUGGACUUCUAUAUCUCGUGGUUGGGCCUUUAUAGCGGCAGCAUUCAUUAUUAUUGUUCCAUGUGUCCAGGAAAUUAUAGCCAUUAGAAAACAGUAUCUUGAUAACCAAGUGGAACCUAACCUGAAAGAGCAAUCGUCAUCAAGCAAUGCAGUCGAAAGUACUCGUAUCUGAACCGUAUGUCAUGUCGUGUUUCUCUGCUAUGCACAACUUAAGAAUUUAAAGAAAAGGUGUAAUUUGUUGUAGAAGAACGAUUUUUAUGUGCGUGCGAAAUGUGGUUGUUUAGAAAAGUGUCAAAUAACGAAAAGAAGGAAAACCAGCAAGAGAGAACUGACUUAGGUUUGUAUCUUAAACGGGUUAUUGUUUUAGUAAUCAUAGUAGGAUGGGUGUGUCUAUGUAUACAAGAGUAAACAAAGCCGUUUUUAAAACAUGACCAAGUAUAAUCCAGAACUUUAGUAGAAUGGGUGUGUCUAUGUAUACAAGAGUAAACAAAGCCGUUUUUAAAACAUGACCAAGUAUAAUCCAGAACUUUUUAUAUAUUCACAUUUUUAAAGCAAUUUUGCUUGUUUAACUUAAAAUACUUUGAUCAAAAUAAAACAUAUUUUAACUUACCUCUUUUUAGAUAAAGAAUGUUUUGCAUUGAUAUCAAAAUAAACCAAUCACCGUUAGUAAUGUGGCACUCAGGCCCUCUCAAAUAACAGUAAGUAUAUAUAGUAUUUUCUUGACAGUUGUGUAUAAUGUUAGAAUCAUAAAUAUAUAACACACAACGUGAAAAUCGACACACAGUUCAAUACAUUUCUAGAAUGUGGACUCUACAUGUUUCGACGUUUACCACGUCACCAAAACGUGAAAAGUCGUCAGUUGUAUCUGUAAAAUACAUCAAUGUGCAUCAUAUCCUGGAAAUUUCAUUAGCAAUACUGUUUUUAUUUCAAGGCUGCUACAGCAACACUAAAUAAUUCAUUUUUUCACUUCCCAUUCUAGACAUACCUAUCUUUGUCUGCCAGUAUUCAACUCAUCAUAGAUAAACGGUUAAAAAUGAAUUUACAAAGUAAGUAAAUCAAAUCCUAGCUAUAAAAUGUUAU